AUGCAGCCUGACACAAGUUCCUCUAAUGCCCCCUCGUCGGCCGGCAAUCCGCCCCAGCAUGGUCGGAAACGAAAAGCGCCCUCUGCUUCCCGGGGCGUAGCCAGCCUCACCCCCGAACAACUCGCCAAGAAGCGCGCCAAUGACCGCGAAGCCCAGCGUGCCAUUCGAGAACGGACGAAGCAGCAGAUCGAGUCUCUCGAGCGUCGGAUACAAGAGCUGACUUCUCAACAACCAUAUCAAGAGCUUCAGGCUGUUACCCGACAGAAAGAUGCCAUCCAGGCGGAAAAUGACGAGAUCAAGAGGAGGUUGGCCUCGAUUAUGUCUAUAAUACAACCAAUUGUCGGAGCUCAUGGCUUGACAGAACUUGCAACCGCUGCUCAGCACAAUGUCCAGGCUGGACUGGCACAGCAGAACAGCGCCUUUCAUCCGACCACCCUUCCCCAUUCAGAUGCUUACCUCAACAGCCAGCAAAAUGGACGACCCUUCACAGCCUCUCCCAACAUGCCUCAAAGUCACAUAGAAACCACGGGAUACUCGCCUCCACUUGGGCCAGAAGACACAGUCGAGAAUAGGACAUGGCACCCUUCCCGAGAUGCACUAAGUCAUCAGCGAGACAAUCUCCAGCGAGGCAUGGAACUGAAUGACUCCGGAGAGCGACUAUCCUUUAAUUUUCUCCUCGACAGUAUUGGACAGCGAUCGGGAACAGCGCCUCCGCAAACAAUUUCUCCGUCUCGUCGCCCUGCAUACCCCACGCUGGCACGCGGUUUGUCUGAACAAUCCCAAGCCCCAUGGACCGUGCUUCCCAAGAACGUACCGCCGACAUGUCCUCUCGACGGCCUAUUACUGAAUUUUCUGCAUUCCCGCCGACGCGAGGCAAACCAGGAGUCCGGGAUCAACCCUCUACUUAACCCGACGUACCCCAGCGUCUCUUCCCUUCUCAACCCUUCCGGCAGCCACCGCCUCGACCCCGUCUCGCAACUAAUGACCGACAUCAUCAGCAGAUUCCCCAACAUCUCCGACCUUCCCGAACAGGCCGCCGUUCUAUUUGCGAUGUUCAUGUUUAUGCGCUGGCUCAUAAACCCGACUCAAGAGAACUAUGAACGCAUGCCCGAAUGGCUUCGUCCUACGCCUGCCCAACUCUUUACGCCUCACCCAGUCUGGAUCGAUCACGUCCCAUGGCCGCGCAUGCGCGACAAAGUCUUAGCCCACUAUCAGGACUACCCGUUUGAGAACUGGUUCAUCCCUUUCACCAGCGACCUCAGCGUCAAUUGGCCGUAUGAUCCGGUUGACUGUCUGAUUUCGAACUCUGAGAAGGAUGAUCCCCUCAUGAACCCUGCUUUUGAGAGGCAUAUUCGUCGCAUUGAAAAUUGGUCCGUCGGACCGGCAUUUGCGGAAGCGUUUCCUACGCUGGUCGACACGACGCGGAUUAAACCUAAGGAUCCUCCCCUCUAG